UUCUAACCACACGUACCUAGGGUUUAGAUUUUCUUUACUUUUUUCUCAGAAUUUUAGAGAGAGAAAGUGAGGGUUUUUAGUGAGCGAAGCUCUGGUAUUUAAGCUCUGGCUUUGUUUUUGUUGUUUUCUAUCUGGGCUAUUUGAAUUUGCAGGUCAAAAUGGCUAGUCAAGACGAAGUGGUGUCCAUGGAGCUGCCAGCUCCACCUUCUUGGAAGAAAAUGUUCAUGCCCAAGAAAGGUACACCAAGGAAGAACGAGAUUGUAUUCAUUGCUCCAACAGGGGAAGAGAUUAACAGCCGAAAACAAUUGGAGCAGUACCUAAAAUCGCAUCCUGGUAAUCCUGCAAUAUCAGAAUUUGACUGGGGUACUGGCGAAACCCCAAGGAGAUCAGCAAGGAUCAGUGAGAAGGCAAAGGCAACUCCACCAGCAGAAAGUGAGCCCCCUAAGAAACGAGGUCGAAAAUCAUCAGGUUCAAAGAAGGAUGGGAAAGAAACAGAGGCUGCAACGGAAGAACAGGAGGGUAAGAAAGAAAUUUCCAUGCAAGAUGCAGAUGUAACUGAGAAGGCAAAUGCAGAGUCAGAGGAUGUUUCCAAAGAAAUUCAAGUUGAGAAUGGAGUUAAAACAGUGGCAGAAGCUGACCAAGUGAAGAAUUUAGAUGUUAAUAUGGAAGAAGCUGGUCCUGUGGAAGCUAUAGAUGGAAAAGAUGAAAAGAUCCAGAGUGACACUGGGGACUCCAAGGUUGCUGCUGCAGAAACAGAAGUUGUCAGUGCUGAAGAAGCCCAAGGUGAGAAGGAAGUUAAAAAGCAAGAAGUUGCAGAGGCAGUGGCAGUAGAUGAACCAGCAAACGAAGCUGGUGCUGAAGUAACUCAAAAAGAAGGGGACAAGCUGGAAACCUCUGCCACCGUGGAGCUAAAUGAAGCAGUAAACAAAGACAAGCCCAACGGCUUGGGUAUUGCACCUGAGGAAGAAGUCAAAGAGAAACAGGAAGUACCAGACAACGAUGGAAAAUGCAAGUUUCAGGUGGAGGAGAACGGCAAAAAACUAGAAGGGGAUGUGACUGAGAAUGGCAAGGUCAACCAGAUGCAGCGAGCUGAGACACCACAGCAUCCAGCUCCCUCUCCUGUGAGCUGCUGAAUGUGUUGUCCUCUUAGGUCCUGUGUAACAACCCAAAGCGUCUUCUUUUUUGUUCCUUUGAACUUUUGGUACCAUCUCAGAUGACUGUAAUUUAAUGUUAAUCAUGCUAGAUUUAAUUUUUAGUUUGGAAAUCAACUUGUAACCCUGGUAGAGUAGGUCUCUAAAGCUGUUGCUGUUAAAUUGUGGAGCAACUUAUAUUUUCUGGUGUAGACAAUGUUCUUAACUUUAUGAUUGAUACUGUUUGGA